UGCUAUAAUUAUUGCUGACUAUUACACUUCUGUAUCUCCUAAAAGGCACUAACUAGUCAAUAAAUAAAGAAAAAUGAUACCUGUACUAAUUAAUUUUCUUCUUACGGCACGUGAAAUCAGUGUGAUUACUUGUACUCAGAAUAUAAGCAACUUUACCACCGAGGAAAGUCAGACAACGAUAGAUUUGGCAUCCAAUUAUAAUACUACUUGUCUCGAGUACACCAAUAUUUUCAUCCCAAAUAAUGUAACAUGUCCACCUCUAAAUGAAACUGAUCCUUAUGCCAACGACCCUCCUCGAGAUUCUAGACUUAUAUCGAGAUCCAUCAAGCCCUACAAUGGAGAACCACCAUCGAAUCUACUACUUGAGAAAUUUUAUACCCCAAACGAGAUAUUCUACGUGCGCAACAAUCUUCCCGUCCCAUGCGUCCAUGUUGGAAACUAUAGUUUGGAAGUUGGUGGCAUUAAUCUGACCACGGUCCAACUGACGCUACGCCAACUGACCACACUUUUUUCCCCGACGACCAUCUCGGCCGUACUGCAAUGUGCUGGGAAUCGAAGGAGUGAAAUGAACCGAGUCAAACCCGUUUCUGGGACGAAAUGGACCGGUGGUGCGAUUGGAAAUGCCAACUGGACUGGAACCAAUUUACGGGAUAUCCUAGCAUUGGCUGGAUUUCAAAGAGGGAAUUAUUCACCUGAUGUAUUGAACACUCUCCACAUUCAGCUAACAGGGCUGGAUCAAGACCCCAAGACUGGGACAUAUUACGGUGCUUCAAUUCCAGUCAGUUACAUCCUAGACGACAAUUUCACACCGCUCGUUGCCUAUGCCAUGAAUGGAAAAAGCCUCACACCAGACCACGGUUUUCCUGUGAGAGCAAUCCUGCCCGGAAUUGUGGGGGCGAGAAACGUUAAAUGGCUACAAAAAAUUACCCUUGCGACUCAAGAAGCGCAGACGAUUUAUCAGCUGGAGAAAUAUAAGGCGUUCUCACCCUCGAUUACAAGUGCCACGGUGACACAAGAAGACUACAAUAAUACGGACCCAAUCAUGGAUCUGCCAGUGACGUCUUAUUUGGCUUCACAUACGGAUGGGCAAAUUGUCGAAAAUGGGACGAUUUUAGUAGAAGGUUACGCGUACUCUGGCACAGGAAGGCACAUUCAGAGAGUAGAAUUAUCACAGGAUCUUGGCAGCAACUGGAUUUUAGCGGAAGUGACGGAAAGAACCUCAAAGAAGUUGCGAAGGAACUGGUCGUGGGUGUUCUGGAAGCGUAAUGUAUCUUUAUCAGUGGGACGGAAUGAAAUCUGGGUGAAAGCGGUCGACUCAGGGUACAACCAACAACCUCAAGAGAUUAAGGACGUCUGGAAUUUUGAUGGUUAUUUGAAUGUAGCAUAUCAUAAAGUUGUGCUUAAUGCCAGUUAAAGACUGCAAGUUUCCUGUCAGUUAAUGAGAAAUAAUUGAGGAAAAAUUUUAUGCAAUAAAGUACAAAGUCGGGGAUUUCCAAUGAACA